GGAGCGCCGCUGGCGGGCGGGGCCAGCUGGGCGGCCGGGCCAUGCAGGGCGCAGAGCCGGCUAAGUGCUACUGAGACCCUGCUCUGCGCGCCCAGGAGCGGCUGAUGCCCCCCGCGCUCCCCACUCUGCUACCGCAGCUGGGCCGCAUCUGGACAGGGCGCCGCGCGGCGGGGCCGAAGCUGGGCCACAAUGCUGCUUGGGGCAUCUCUGGUGGGGAUGCUGCUGUUCUCCAAGCUGGUGCUGAAACUUCCUUGGACCCAUGUCGGGUUCUCCCUGCUGUUCCUCUACCUGGGGUCUGGCGGCUGGCGCUUCAUCCGAAUCUUCAUCAAGACUAUCAGACGUGAUAUCUUCGGUGGCAUAGUGCUCCUGAAGGUGAAGGCCAAGGUCCGCCGGCACCUGCGGGAGCGGCACACAGUGCCCAUCUUGUUUGCCUCCACGGUCCAACGUCACCCUGACAAGACGGCCCUGAUCUUUGAGGGCACGGACACCCACUGGACCUUCCGCCAGCUAGAUGACUACUCAAGCCGCGUGGCCAACUUCCUGCAGGCCCGGGGCCUGGCCUCGGGUGAUGUGGUUGCCCUCUUCAUGGAGAACCGCAAUGAGUUUGUGGGCCUGUGGCUGGGCAUGGCCAAGCUGGGCGUAGAGGCGGCGCUCAUCAACACCAACCUCCGGCGGGAUGCCCUGCACCACUGCCUGACCUCCUCUCAGGCCCGGGCUCUCAUCUUUGGCAGCGAGAUGGCCCCAGCUGUCUGGGAGAUCCACACCAGCCUGGACCCCUUGCUCAGUCUCUUCUGCUCCGGUCCCUGGGAACCCAGCGCGGUGCCCGCUGGCACAGAACACCUGGACCCCCUGCUGGAAGAGGCCCCCAAGCACCUACCCAGCCGCCCCAACAAGGGCUUCUUAGAUAAGCUCUUCUACAUCUACACGUCAGGUACCACAGGACUGCCCAAAGCCGCCAUCGUGGUGCACAGCAGGUAUUACCGCAUGGUUGCCCUGGUGUACUACGGAUUCCGCAUGCAGCCUGACGACAUUGUUUAUGACUGCCUCCCUCUCUACCACUCUGCAGGAAACAUCGUGGGAAUCGGGCAGUGCCUGCUCCACGGCAUGACAGUGGUGAUCCGGAAGAAGUUCUCAGCUUCCCGGUUCUGGGACGAUUGUAUCAAGUACAACUGCACAAUUGUGCAGUACAUCGGCGAACUGUGCCGCUACCUCCUGAACCAGCCACCCCGGGAGGCAGAAAACCGGCACCGGGUGCGCAUGGCACUUGGCAACGGCCUCCGACAGUCCAUCUGGACCGACUUUUCUAGCCGCUUCCACAUCCCCCAGGUGGCCGAGUUCUACGGGGCCACUGAGUGCAACUGCAGCCUGGGCAACUUCGAUGGCCAGGUGGGGGCCUGUGGCUUCAACAGCCGCAUCCUGUCCUCUGUGUACCCCAUCCGGCUGGUACGUGUCAACGAGAACACCAUGGAGCUGAUCCGGGGACCUGAUGGCGUUUGCCUCCCCUGCAAGCCAGGUGAGCCAGGCCAGCUAGUGGGCACCAUCAUCCAGAAGGACCCCCUGCGGCGCUUCGAUGGCUACCUCAACCAGGGCGCCAACAAUAAGAAGAUUGCCAAGGAUGUCUUCAGGAAGGGGGACCAGGCCUACCUCACUGGCGAUGUGCUGGUGAUGGACGAGCUGGGCUACCUGUACUUUCGGGACCGCACGGGGGACACGUUCCGCUGGAAAGGGGAGAACGUGUCCACCACCGAGGUGGAAGGCACGCUCAGCCGUCUGCUGGACAUGGCUGACGUGGCAGUGUAUGGCGUCGAGGUGCCAGGAACCGAGGGCCGGGCUGGAAUGGCUGCUGUGGCCAAGCCCUUUGGCAGCUGUGACCUGGAGCACUUUGCCCGACUCCUGGACAAGGAGCUGCCCCUGUACGCCCGCCCCAUCUUCCUGCGCUUCCUGCCUGAGCUGCACAAAACAGGGACUUUUAAGUUACAGAAGAUGGAGCUGCGGAAGGAGGGCUUUGACCUGAAGGUUGUGAAAGACCCGCUGUUCUACCUGGACGCGCGGAAGGGCCGCUAUGUCCCACUGGACCAAGAGGCCUACACCCGCAUCCAGGCAGGCGAGGAGAAGCUGUGAUUGGCCCCAGGUCCCUCUGAGAGCCAGUGGAUACUGGAUCCAGAGCCCCAGCUCCCACCCCAGAGGGGUCCUGGGCGAAGCCAGACCAAAGCAAGCAGGGCCCAGCACCUUGACCCAGAGGUGCUGAUCCCUUCUCCUCAAAACUGCCAAGGGACUCACUGCCGCCUCCCCCGCCCCCGAGGCUUUCUGUGAAAGCCUCACAUCCAUGUUAUGUCUUCGAGGCCACGCAGGGCCUCUGGGCCCCAGGCUGAGACUGAGACCCUCAGGAUGAUGUCUUGGGUCAGGGCCGGGGGAGGUGGGAGAUCACCAAGCACCCCCAAAGCGCAGGCAGCUUGUAAAUGGGACGAAGGCGGAAGCUCCCAGACUCAGGAAGCCAGCAAAGUGGGCAGGGGCAGUGGUGGCUUUGGCUCAGGUGUCCAAAGAGGAUCCAGACCCUGGCGCUGCUCAGGUGUCACCCAGCCCAGGCGGCGCCUGCAGGAGGGCAGGAGGAGGACUGGACACAGCAGUUGGCCUGGACGGAGCAUGCCCUCCUUCUCCUCUCCCUGGGUGGCUACCUGGCUCUCCCUCUGGCAGGACUUUUCUGUCUCUGUGGGUCUGUCUGUCCAUGUCACCAUCUCCAUCUCUGUACUGGCCCAACUGUGAGACAAGAAGGGGUGGGAGGCGCUCAGGGGCCAAUAAACUCUGCCUUGACUCCCCCA